CUUGAGAGUUGAGAGUGGAGUCAUGGAUCUUCUCCUCAAAGCCUACUCCACUGCAUCAGACGACGAAGAUGAGCUCGUCCGACCUUCUUCGAAGCGACCCAAACCCAAUAACCCGAUUCCCUUUACCAAACCCGAGCACUACCCGUAUCCCCCUUCCGGACUCUAUCCUAUGCCUCGCCCGAACCAGUCCUCGGACCUCCACACGGAAGCCCCGGUUGCUGGCAGAUACAUAUCCAAGAGAGAGCGCGCACUCCUCAAUUCGGCCACCGGGACUCAUGACCCGGUCCCGAAUCCGCCUCCCACCACGUCAUCGCCCGUUUUGGGGAGUCUUUCAUGUUCCAAUCUACCACAUGAGAUAGCAUCAUCAUUGAGGCAUAAAGCAGAGGGCCAUGCACAGCUUGGCCGAAUAUCUGAGAGGCUGACGGUACCUCUGCAUGGUCAUACAAGGGCUGUCAAUGCUAUACAUUGGUCCCCAAAUCAUGCCCAUCUUCUUGCUUCUGCUGGGAUGGAUCACACAAUCUGCAUAUGGAAUGUUUGGAGCAGAGAUCAGAAGAAAGCACGUGUGUUAAGCUUCCACAAUGCACCAGUGAAAGAUGUGAAGUGGUCGCAGCAAGGGUUGACUGUGCUUUCUUGUGGAUAUGAUUGCUCAUCAAGGUUAGUUGAUAUCGAAAAGGGGAUUGAGACUCAGGUUUUCAAGGAGAAUCAGGUUGUUGGAGUUGUAAAGUUCCAUCCAGAGAACUCCAAUCUCUUCCUUUCUGGGGGAGCAAAGGGCUGUCUUAGGUUAUGGGAUAUUAGAACCGGUAAGGUGGUCCAUGAAUAUAUCCGAAAUCUAGGUCCGAUCCUUGAUGUUGAAUUUGCCAUCAAUGGGAAGCAGUUUAUCUCUUCGAGCGAUGUAUCUGGAAGCAAUAUCAGCGAAAAUUCUAUUAUUGUUUGGGAUGUAUCGCGACAGGUUCCACUGUCUAAUCAGGUUUAUGUGGAAGCCUACACCUGUCCGUGUGUCAGAUGCCACCCAUUUGAUCCUUUUUUCGUUGCCCAGUCAAAUGGAAAUUAUAUUGCAAACUUCUCUUCAACCCCCCCUUUCAAGCUAGACAAGUAUAAAAGGUAUGAGAACCAUGGUGUCUCUGGGUUUCCGAUCAAAUGUAAUUUUAGCUUGAAUGGGGAGAAGCUUGCUUCAGGCUCCUCCGAUGGCUCUAUUUACUUUUACGAUUACAGAUCGUCCAAGCUUGCCGGGAAACUCAAGGCCUAUGAGGAGCCAUGCGUAGACGUCGCUUUUCAUCCCAUUAUGCCUAAUGUCAUUGCUUCAUGCAGUUGGAAUGGAGAUGUCUCCGUGUUUGAAUGAUUGGCCCAUUGUACACUAUGUUUUAUACACUACGCCAAGUUGGGCCUGAAAAAAGGCCCCCCAAAAAAAAAAAAAUGAGUAAUUGGUUACCUUGUAAGUUGACAAAAAUUAGUUAAGCGAAAAAAUAUUAACUUAAAUUUUUUUUCUUUUUUGAUAAACAACUGAACAAUUAAUUGAUUCUUAAAUUUGUUUUGCUAAGAGUAGAAGAAUUAUUGAAUAUGAGUCUAUUACAGGCA